GGAAGUGAUGCUUGGUGGGCGCAUGAGGAAAUUCGAAACGGAAUGAACGGCUGGCAAUACGAUUUGUGCUGCGGAAAUUCCGAUUUAGAAAUGAGUGAAAAACUUGAUUCGAUUGGCUUUUGCAAAAACGACACGUGUGAGUUCAAAGGCACCCGACAUAAAAAGCCUGGAUUCUGCAUACGAUCACCUCGACUAGAUUGUACAGCUACAACUAGAGUUGAACUAAAUGGAAUUAUGGAAAGACGCGAGGAAUCGAUUAUGGUUUCAAAUCAGUGUUGUUACAAUGGAACAACCGACGAAUUAAUAGAGAGUUCAAAUUCUGCGGGUUGUAUGCAACGAGAAGUUGAUUCAAUUGACAAUAUGUUUCGGCAUUAUACAAGCGACCUGAAACCAUUUUACGAGUGUUGUGGUCAAUCGCCUCAAUUCAAAUGCGAUAACAUAUUCAAAAAACACCGCCCGACUAUCAUCGGCGAGUACUGGCCUCGUAACAUCCUCAUAAACAGAGGAGACCCCCACUUGCAGACAGUGGACGGAGUCAGCUACCCCUUCAUGGGACUGGGGGUCUACAGGAUGCUCAUCACUGAUGAUUCACCUUCAAUCGGGGGUCAAACUGAACUACAGGCGAGCAUGCGGAGGGUCGGCAACGGGACUGUGUUCAGCGGGAUAGCAGUCAAACACGGAAACACUCUCCUAGAAGUGUACAUUGACAAAAGUGCAGCUUUUAAAUUAGUGAUUAACAACUUCGAGAAGACACUGGGAGAAAGUGUCAGGGAAUAUAUCCUGGCCAAUGUUGCAGUGGAAGAGAGAGAUGAUUUGAAAAGCGUUCGAUUUCAGUUUCUGGGGAAUAUGUUGAUUGUGGAAGUGUAUGUGAUUCAGAACUUCCUCAACCUGAAGAUCUCAGUUCCGCCCUCGUUCAAGUUUCAGAUGAGGGGACUCCUGGGAUAUUACGACGGAGAUCCAGACAACGAUUUCCAAAAUUCUGAAGGCGUGAUUGUGACCAACACUACAGACUACGCGUAUCUUCACGAAGCUUUCGGAACCAGCUGGGUUGUGCAUCCAGAUGAGUGGCUCUUUAAACAGAGAGGUAUUCUCUCUUCCAUCGAGAAUGACAUUGCCGAGGGGUUUCCAUUUGAGCCGAUUUAUGAGCCACUUUUUACGAAUGAGCAGCUGCAACUCGAAGCUAAUGAGGUCUGCAAGGGGGACUCAGCUUGUCUGCUCGACGUAGCACUGACAGGAAACAUCUCCAUUUCGGAAGCAUUUGUCCAGUUCGAAUCGCAAAUCAAUGCUGCCCGCUUUUGGAACGAAGUCUUCAGACUAACCGAGAUGAACUUCUUUAUCGGAACAUCGCCGCCGGCGGACGAAUCCGAUGACCUGACCAAACGAUGGAUCUUAGCUGUGUCUCUGAGUGUCAUGACGCUGUUUCUACUGCUUCUUCUGGUCAUGGUUUUCAAGAAAUGUCUCGAUAAUGGAUGGUUAAUUUUUACAAGAGGAGUCAGGGUCGACGUUGUGGUUGACCAGAAUCAAGAGGGUGAGGAUCAUUUUCCUCAUCAAGAAAUACGAGACCUCUUUUGGAUUGACGUUACAGAUGAAAUUCCAUAUCUUAGAUGAAAUAAAAGAACAACU